AUGGAAGACUUUAAUGCAGCCAUUCAGAAUACAGGACUACUACCAGUACCCAUGCAGGGAGAGUGGUACACAUGGCACAACCAUAGUGCGACACCACGGAACAUCUGGAAAAGAUUGGACCGCAUGUUGAUAAAUGAUAGCUGGAUGGCACGAUUCCCUAACACAUUCUACUCGGUCCUUACACCACGCACUUCAGACCACUCACCGAUGGUAAUAUAUGGGGACCGACAACAGCAGUAUGGAGGUAUGUUCCGAUUCGAUAACUACCUCGCUCGUUCACCUGAGUUUAUUCCUAGUGUGCGGAAUAUAUGGCAACAUAAUAUUGUUGGUACGCCUAUGUAUGCUGUGACACGCAAACUCAAAGCAUUGAAACCAAUAUUCCGAGAGCAAAGGAGAAAUAAAGGGGAUCUAUCGCAUAAUGUCCAAAUGGCGAAAGGGUUUCUUGAAGCAGCACAAGUUCUUGUUAGCUCAAGAAGACGAGAUGAGCUAUUCAUACAACUAGAGCACUGUUGUCGACUCGUACUGGCCAAAGCAACAAAACUAGAGCAAAUUAUGCUACAACAACGAGCAAAGAUGCAGUGGAUGAAGGGAGGUGAUCAGUGCUCCCGAGUGUUCUUUCAGAAGAUUACCCAACGAAGAUCAUCAAGGAGGAUCUUCCAGAUCAACGAUGACCAGGGAUCCACUCACACUAAUCCAGAAGAAGUUAUUAAUCAGUUUGUCACAUAUUCCCAAAACCUGCUAGGGGGAGAUAGACGACGAUCAAUUAUUGACAUUCGAUUUCUCAGACCGUGGGCUAGGCACAUUCUGAGUAAUGAGGAAUCUACCGCUUUACUGUUACCGUUCACACCAGCAGAUGUCAAACAGCGGUUUUUGACAUUGCUGAGGACAAGGCCCCAGGCCCGGAUGGAUACUCAUCGUGCUUCUUCAAAGCAGCAUGGCCUAUUGUUGGACAGGAAGUGA